CUUCAGCCUACCCCAGCUUCGCCCCCUAGGGGUGCCCUCUCCCCUUCGGAGCCAUGGUGAUGGCUAUGGCCAUGGCCGUUGCCGUGGGGCUGUUGGCUCUCUGCGCCGCGGUGGAUCGCUCCAAGUUCCGGACCUGCGAGCAGACCGGCUUCUGCCGUCGCUACAGGGCCUACGUCCAGGAGGUGCUGCAGCGCCCUGUGCAGGGGCACUUUGUGGACGUGAGCACGCUAGCUCACGAGGGCCACGAAGUCUCCGUGCUGCUGCGGCAGCCGGGGCGACACGACCCGCUGCGCUUGGAGCUGAGGUUCUUUCAGACGGCCGGCGGCUGCGGCGUGGUGCGCGUUACCAUCUCGGCGGUGUUGGGCGCGCGGUUCCGCGUGCGCGAGGGCGACGUGGCCAUGGCGCCAGGGGGCGGCCUCUGGCCGGAUACGGUUGAGGUGCAGCAGCACGAGGGCUCCACGGAGCUCAGCUCCGGGCCCUGCUCCGCGCUGCUGCGGCACUCGCCGCUGGCGCUGGAGCUGCGACGCGGGCGCUGGCUGCAGCGGCUCAACGCCCGGCGCCUGCUGAGCCUCGAGCGGCCCCGCACCAAGGGAGCGGAGGGCUCAGCCGAGGGCGGCGCCCAGGCCGAGAAAGCCGCGCGGCCGCUGGAUGCCACGGACAUGGACACGGAGCUCUGGGAGGAGGCCUUCGACGGCUUCGUGGACUCCAAGCCGAGGGGCCCCACGGCGGUGGCCUUCGACGCCAGCUUCGCCGCCGCCACGCUGAGCGGCCUGGCGGAGCACAGCGCGCGGCUGCGCCUGGAGGAGGCGGCCGGGGGCUUCGGCUCGGAGCCCUUCCGGCUGUACAACCUGGAUGUCUUCGAGCACGACGUGGACGUGCCCAUGGCGCUCUACGGGAGCAUCCCCUUCGUCACCGCGGUGCACGCGGACGACUCCGCCGGCGCCUCCGCCGUGGCCUCGGGGCUGCUGGUGGUGAACCCCUCGGAGGGCUUCGUGCGGGUGGAGCGAAAGAACGCGGCGGAUGCCGAGACCUGGUGGGCCUUCGAGGCGGGGGUUUUGGACCUCUUCGCCUUCCUGGGCCCGAGCCCGGAGGAGGUGCUGCGGCAGUACCACGCCGUCACGGGCUGGCCGCGGCUGCCGCUGCUGGCGGUGCUGGGGAAGCAUCAGUCGCGCUGGAACUACGUCACCCCACAAGACGUGCUGGAGGUGAGCGCUGGAUUCGACCAGCACACCAUCCCACUGGACUUCAUUUGGCUCGACCUGGAGCACACGCACGGCAAGCGCUACUUCACCUGGGAUCCCAAGCACUUCCCCGCGGAGGCGGUGAAGCAGAUGCUGGAGACCUUGAACCGGAGCCACCGGAAGCUGGUGACCAUCGUUGACCCACAUCUGUUGGCGGAGGAGAACUUCUCGGUGGCCGCCGUCUUCCGGCAGCGGCGGCUGCUGGUGGCGAAGCCGUCGCCCGACGCGGCGGACGCGGACGACGCGGAGGCCUUCGUGGGGUUCUGCUGGCCGGGGCCCUCGCUGUAUCCGGACUUCUGCGAUCCCCAGGCCCGGGAGGCCUGGGCGGAGCUCUUCGACUUCCAGGCGUACCCGGGGUACAAGGCGGAGCUUUUCACCUGGAACGACAUGAACGAGCCCAGCGUCUUUGACGGCCCGGAGGUCACUUUGCCCAAGGACACAAAGCACCGCUGCGGCCAGGACGAGCCGGUGGAACACCGGGAGGUGCACAACCUCUACGGCUUCUACGUUCAGGAGGCGAGCGUCUUGGGUCAGCUGCGGAGGGAUCCGCAGACCCGGCCCUUCGUGCUGACGCGGAGCUUCUUCGCGGGGUCCCACCGCCAUGGCGCCGCGUGGACCGGGGACAACAUGGCCAACUGGAGGCACUUGGAGCGCUCCGUGGCGAUGCUGCUCUCCCUGGCGCUCUGCGGCAUGUCGCUGGCCGGCGCCGACGUGGCCGGCUUCAUGGGCGACCCCGACGUGGAGCUCUUCGUGCGGUGGCACCAGCUGGGGAUCUGGUACCCCUUCUACCGCGCCCACGCGCACCUCACCAGCAAGCGCCGGGAGCCGUGGCUCUUCGAGCCGCAGGUCACGGAGCUGGUCCGCCAGGCCGUGGUCGCGCGCUACCGGCUGCUGCCCAUGUGGUACACCCUUGCCGCUGAGUGGGCACUCUUGGGCUCACCCAUGAUCCGGCCGAUCUGGUACAAGGACCUAGGCGACCAGCAGGCGUACGAGCAUGCCGACACCCACUUCUUCGUGGGGGAAGCGCUGCUGGUGCGCGCUCCAGCGGAACACGCCAAAGCGCUGACGGUGUAUUUGCCGGGCACCGGAUCGAAGUGGUUCGACUUCUGGCACCUUACGCGGGCGCCCAAAGUGGGGGGCGAGGCCUUUAAGGAGCCCCUGCAGAAGCAGCACCUCCCGGUUUUCGCCCGUGCAGGGCAUUGCUUGGCGCAGAGAUGGCGGCCUCGCCGCAGCACUGGCGCCAUGUGGCGGGACCCCCACACCAUCGUCUGCUACUUGGACGACAGCGCCGGCGGCUUCGCGCAGGGCCGGGUAUACUUGGACGACGGCCGCAGCCACGAGUACCAAGGAGGCGCCUUCGUCUUCGACGAGCUCCGCUUCGAGCACGGCUCCCUGCGCGGCGCGCCGCGCCGAGGGGGGCUGCCGGGGCUGCCGGGGCCGGCGGCGGCUCUGGCGGCGCCAGCGCUGCCCGACUCCGCGCUGCGCGUGGAGCGGCUGGUGCUGGUGGGCCUCGACGCGCGGAACCUCCGCGUGCGGAGCUCCGCGAAGGAGGCGCUGGAGUUCCAUGCGGAGCCCAUCGCCAACUCCACGCUGAGCGUCGUCACGGUGAAGGAGCCCGGCGUGCGGCUGGGCACGGAGUGGUCUGUGGACUUCCGGUGA